AUGUCAGACGAUUCUCCUCGAAGUUUGUCAUCUUCAUCACUUGGGGACUACAGGAGCGAAGUGAUCGAUGAAUCUGCUUACGAUUAUCUUUCUGUCAAUAGAGAUUUACAAUUUCCUAGUGAUAUAGAGAGAGAACAAACAACCACAAAGUUAGAGAUAGACAGUUUAAAAUUCAAUAACUGGAAUUUAAUAAAAGAAAAUGAAAAUAACAAGAAGAGAAUUGGCGAGCUUGAAAAAGAGAUUGGUGAUCUGAAAGACAUCGUCAAAAAGCUGGUAAAUACGAAGCCUAAUGUUGAAACCUCAGAAAAAACCAGUGGGGUAGAUGUAAAUCCAAAAUCCGUUGACCUUGCUGUAAAUAAUGAAAGAGAGCUUCCUGGCAGUAUUCAAGAAUCUGAAAGUGACCUUACUGCAUUUAAUCCCUCAUCAAUCUCUGCAGCAAUACAAAUAAAAUUUGGCGAUCAAGAAGUUCAAAUGGAAAAAGUACGGGACGAUAUCGAACGGCUGGGCAGAAUUUUCAAAGAUAUUUCUGGCGACUACAUGGAACAGAAGUCCUCACUGAAAAAUAUUCAGACCUACGUUGAUAUAUUAAAAAGAAAAGAGACUGAAAAUAGUGAAAGAUUGACGAUGUUAUCUCGAAAUCAGCAGGAAAACUUUGAAGAUGUCCAAAUGAUUAUUAACCGUUUAAAUUCUGGAGAAUUCGGCGAAAUCAAGCAAAGGAGUAGUUCUUGUGCAAAAAAUUCAAGAUGCACAGAAUUUUUUCUUAUUGCGAUUGCUUAUCUUCUUGAUCUGACAAUUCAUUAG